CCAGUGAACGAAAAAACAGUGAUCAGUGAUGGAUAAUAGUGAAGUGAAGCAGUCCUACAAAAUUUUCUCGUGUUUCGACUAGAGAAAUAGUGCAAUUAGUGACUUGGCGGGCACAUUUACGGCAUGUCGGACCUCAUCAAAGCUAAAUAAGAGGGAUCAGGACUGCUUUGAAGAAGAAAUAACUACUGCAACUGGAGCAACAGAAACUACAACAUUGUCUUCCAAUAUGGAAUCAACCACUGCAGAAGACAAAUUACACAAGAAUCAUACCUCAGAGACUAUCUGCAAAACAGAUUUCCCAUGCAGCGUUAAUGGUGUCUGGUAUAGUCACACUGGUGGUGUGCUGUUGUGUUUAAAAACAAACAAAGAUGGUAAACUGAAUGUUAGUAUUCUGGAUACACCAUCCUAUUACCCCGGUCAUGGAAUACUAUCAAAAUGUUGGAAAAUCACUGGUGAAAUACCCUUUCAUCCAAAAAUGAAGAGUUUCUUCAGUCUGAAAGCUACUGAAUGCAAUGAGCAUAAAUUUGCAACAUUUAUUGGUGAGUGCUUUACCUGUGAAAAUGAGGAUGUAAUUUAUGGCUCAUGGCUGUUUGGGAGACCAGGUCGUUCAUGCAAAGACCAGCACAUUUCCACUAUGAUAUACAAAGAUAUUUUCAGAAAAUCAUAUCUACAUAACUCAAAAAAUAAAUGUAAAACCGUGACACAGAAGCCUGGUGUGUGAAGCAGUUUCAUGAAAAUCACCAAUUCCAGUUUUGUCACAAUUCUGGAAUUUUUCACAGAAAUUGUAAAUAACAUAACAAAUACUGAAUGUGAAAAAGGAAGAAAGGUAUAGAUGAAGAACUAAUCCAAUUAAUAAGAUAUGUUACAGUAUGCAAAAAGUCAGUGUAAUAAAAGAUUGUUACUUUCACCAUCUUGAUAAAUUAUGGCUACAUUUAGUUGAGGCUACUUGUGUCAGUGGCUCUGUAGAAUGUAGGAUAUUUUCAAAGUUACUGUGAAAGUUACUUUCCAGUGUUGGAAAUUAUAACCAGCAGUUUUUGA